ACUCUCAAAUUAGGCUUGUCUAUGCUGGAAUGGGCAGCUAAGAAGAGAGGGAUCCAUACAACACAACCACAUCUAACCAAAAUAUAUGGUUUCUCUCUCUCUCUCUCUCUCUUAGUUACACUUCCCUCUUUCUCUCUCUCUCUCUUCCUACAAAAAAAAACCUUAAAAACUUUUUUUCACAAAUCUCUCUAUAAUUCCUAGGUUUCUUUCUCUCUUUCUUUGAAUUUUCAGCUACUUCCAAUAUUUCCCUAUUAUUUUAUUUCCACUCAGCUGCUUAGACAGAAAGAAUAUAUACAUAUAUACAUAUACUAGUAUACACAUAGAUAUACAUAUAUACAUAUGUAGCAGUCUCUGAGAAACUUAGGCUAAAGCUACAGCCUUAGCUUAAGGUAAAAAGAAAAGAGAAACUCCAAAGAUUUUGGUUUUAUGGGAGAGGUGUUGGGUUCUGACAUCUGAGUGAUCGAUCUAGGAUCUGAGAACAUAUUUUUUUUCUGUUUUGUAUUGUUUGUUUUUGGUUUCUGAGGUUGUCGGAAUGUGGGAUCUAAACGAUUCGCCGGAUCAGAGAAGGGACGUGGAGGAGUGGGAUGAAGGGUGCUGUUCUCCGGUGGACGGAGAUGACGAGAAAGGGAAAGCGGUUGGAUCGGUGUCGAAUUCUAGCUCGUCGGCGGCGUUGGUGGUUGAGGAUGUUUCAUCGGAGGAUGAAGAAGACCGGCGAAAGAGAGACGGCGGCGGCGGAAGCGGUGGGAGCAGGAUUUUUGGGUUUUCGGUGGUGGGUCGGAGCGACGACAACUGGUCGUCGGAGAGUGAGCCGCCGCCGGUGACGCGGCAGUUUUUCCCGGUUGAUGAGUCGGAAAUGGGGGCCACCUCCGGCGAUGGAUCUCCCAGUUUCCCCCGGGCCGCUCACUGGGUUGGAGUUAAGUUUUGCCAGUCUGACCCUCUCCUUACCGGCGGCGGCGGCGCCGGUAAGCCUUUGGAGGUCUCUCAGCAGCCUAUGAAAAAGAGCCGCCGUGGGCCGCGGUCCCGGAGCUCCCAAUAUCGCGGCGUCACCUUUUACCGGCGAACUGGCCGCUGGGAAUCUCACAUAUGGGAUUGUGGCAAGCAAGUUUAUCUAGGUGGAUUCGACACAGCGCAUGCAGCAGCUCGCGCAUACGACAGGGCAGCAAUAAAGUUCCGGGGAGUAGAGGCCGACAUAAACUUUAGUCUCGAGGAUUAUGAGGAAGACUUGAAACAGAUGAGCAAUUUGACGAAGGAGGAAUUUGUGCAUGUACUGCGGCGUCAGAGCACUGGGUUUCCGAGGGGAAGCUCCAAGUAUAGAGGCGUGACCUUGCACAAAUGUGGGAGAUGGGAAGCAAGAAUGGGCCAAUUCUUGGGCAAAAAGUAUGUUUAUUUGGGUCUCUUUGAUACUGAAAUUGAAGCUGCCAGGGCUUAUGAUAAAGCUGCCAUAAAAUGUAAUGGCAAGGAUGCUGUUACCAACUUUGAUCCCAGCAUUUAUGAGGAUGAACAGAUUAAUUCCACGGAAAAUUCUGGGAAUGCUGCUGAUCACAGUCUUGAUCUGAGCUUAGGCAGUUCAAGCUCUAAGCAAGGCGGCGGCGGCGGCGGCCGUGAAAUGGUGGGGGACCAUAGGGCUCAGAACUCUUCACCAAUGCAAUUUGAACUCAAUUGGUGGCACCAAGGCGGCCUAAGACCGCCUAAGGAGCAUGGUGGCAGUGAGAUUGUGAAUGAUGGGCGGAGAAGGGAGGGGUACAACGAGACAGAAACAUUACAGCAGCUAAGCCAAACACACCUUAAUUCUCCAGGCUCAAGAAAGGCUAAUAACAACACAGGUAGCAGUGAAAUGCUGAGAUUUGGGCAUUUCAUGAGCCCUUAUCAGAUGUUCCCACCACAGUUCAGCUAAGUCAAAAAAAAACUCUAUCAGCUUCUCAGCAGCAGCAGCAAUGGAGGCCACAUUAUAUUGAACCAAGCACAGAUCAAUCAUAUAAUACAUCAAACAAUGGCGGUUCCAAUAUAAUCAUCCUCCUCUUAACACCUGCAACUGCUGCAGCAUCAUCAGGAUUCCCUCAUUAUCGGCCUUCGCGAAAAACCGGGUUCCAUUGUUCCUCCAUUAAACCACCCUUGGAUUAAUAUUAUUUCUUGACAGUUUGAGCUUCUUCUUCUUUGCCAAUUCCUCCUUUCCAGCUCCCAUCCUUCCUCUUCACCGUUGUUGUAAAUGCUGCUCUUUGAUUACUGUCUUCCAUAGCUAGUAAAUUUCAAGCUGUUGAGGCAUUCAAAUUUGGAAGUAAUUAUUAUUGUUGCUCAAAAACUAACCAAUUUUACUCUGCAAUUCUCAAUACUCAACAUUUUUCACCAUGUAAUAUUACAUCGUCUUCUAUUCAGGCAUAAUCGUACCUUUUUCCCCCUUCU